UCCGCUCCCGGCUUCCUUCCCACAAAGACCGCCAAUGUCCCGCCUGCUGUUCUACCUCUGGAUUUAAGUCUGCUGGAUUACCGCCUGGACUCUCAGCUCAUUAUUCCAUGCUGCCACGUUUAAAUGGGAGGCAAAGUUGGACCUCCAUGGACUGCACAAAUGGUGACAAACAGUUUGAUUUCUCUUGCGGUUUUACAAGCUUUUUAGCAUUCAAAAUGAUUUCACUUUUCUUCAGUAAAAGUGUUUUUAUAUGUAAAAUCAUUUGAGCUCCUCCUCUUUGGUAUUGUCUAUUUAAAGUAGGUUAGUUAUUUUGCAAUAUAACAUUUUGAACUUGGCUAUUGGGGCACAUUUUGAUGUGAAAGAUGAGUGGGGAAGAGGGGUAGAAACAGCUCCAUCUUCCUCUUUUUAAAAGUCAGUCAUUCUAACAUUAGUCUUUCUGUUCUUCUAAAAACUGAAAAUGUGACUGUGGCACUUUUUCCGUGUGCUCUGUCAGUGUCAGAUUUUUAUUUUUCGGUCAGAGUGAAGGCUUUACAUUGGACUGCAGGUGAACCUGCAUCUCUUCCAGUUCUUCCCUCUCCAAGGGAAUCCUCAAACUAAACUCUUCCCUGUUAACCCACUUAGACGCCCGAUCUCCCCUGUGGGGGUUUCUCUAACACGCUCGUCCUACUCUAGUUUUUUUUGAGGAGAAGCAAAAGCCAGACCAGCAAAAGGGGGUACUACGAAGGACGGUACCCCCCUCCCAAAGGUGAGAGGGGGGGAAGAUGGCAGCUCUCGCCAGCUCUCUCAUUAGACAGAAACGGGCGGUCAAGGACGAUCAAGCCAACCGACCGGUAGCCAACAAGCGCAAGCCCUGUCCUAAGAGCAACAAGUCCUUGUGCCAGAAACAGAUCCUGGUCCUGAUCUCCAAAGUACGACUAUGCGGGGGUCGAAAGGGUCGAAACGACAAAAGACCGGAGCCACAGCUGAAAGGCAUCGUUACCCGGCUGUACAGCCAACAUGGAUACUACCUGCAGAUGCAGCCUGACGGCACCAUGGACAGCACAAGGGAUGAAAGCAGCUCAUUUUCACAGUUCAACUUAAUUCCAGUGGGACUGAGGAUUGUGGCAAUCCAGGGGGCAAAGACAGGGUUGUACCUCGCCAUGAAUAGUGAAGGAUACCUCUACACCUCGGAGCACUUCACUCCAGAGUGUAAGUUCAAGGAGAGUGUGUUUGAGAACUACUACGUUACAUACUCCUCCAUGCUGUAUCGCCAGACCCAGUCUGGCCGCUCCUGGUAUAUCGGUAUCAAUCGUGAUGGCCAGGUCAUGAAGGGCAACCGGGUAAAGAAGACCAAAGGAGCUGCACACUUCCUGCCUAAAGUUAUAGAGGUUGCCAUGUAUAAGGAGCCAUCACUACAUGAGCUCGCCAGUGAACCAGUGAGUCCUCCUCGGAAGACAGUGAAGACGUCAGAUUCCCCUUCCCUAAAGAAUGGACAGAAAGAAGCUCCCAAGGCUGAUGCCUCAUAGCACAGGAGACUGAGGGUGGGACAAAGGGCAGCAGUGACACUGGGAACACAGUCACCAAUUACGCACUGAGGGUGACUGAGGGAAUGGCCCUCGCUGGCCACCACAUUCCAGAGGUGCACUACAAGAUGCUGAGGGAUAAAGGGUCCAUCAGCAGCCAAGAAGGCCUGAGAGAGGAGUCCCCCCCUCACCUGUCACCACACAAAGAAAGCCCAGCACCCCCCGAGCCAAAAGUACUCUGCCCCACCCCACCCCCCCGUCCGCCACCCUUAUGACUUCCUUAAUGCACAGUCUCCUUCAUUUCUCUGUCAUACUAAAGCUUCUUUGUCCCGCUGACAAUUUUCAUCUUUUCUCACAUGCCUAUCCACCGUCUGCUCUAUUGUACCGUAUAUUCACCACUCGCACAUUUCCAGCGCUGACUCGGCAUCAUAAUCCUCACCCAUGGGCCCCCUCUUGAGCCCUAAAGUUGGUGACAGCGUGGCUCAGCCAGCUUUCCACCCGCCAUCUGCCGACCAGCUCAGCUAAUCACCAAGGUCAACUAAAGCUCAAAGUGAGAUCAAACAGCACAGAGAGGAAAGAUAUCAGGGAGGAGCAAGCCUGGGUCAGGUCAGGUCAGCAGAGCAAGAAGACUGUAUGAGAAACUGCGCACAUAAUUAUUUAAAGAGUGAAGUAUGGCAUCAAAACUAGGAGCAAUUAUUUCAAACAAUCUUUGAUUUCUGACAGCCCAGAUGGAAAUGACAUGGAUAUGGAAACUUUGUCUUUAAAAUAUGAUUAAGAUGAUAAUAAUGCUGUAAAUAUAACAUCAGAAAGAGAGCAUGGUAGUGAUACUGGAAAAAUGAUGGUCAUGGUAGUGAGAAAAUCUGGAUUUCAGAGUAUGAUAGAAAUUUUAUGAAGCUCACAAGAGAGAGGCGCUGCCUUUUAAGAUAUCAAAUACAAUAAAAUUACUAUUCUUCCUGGGAAGAUGAGCCAUAAAAAAGAUCUUAAAUUAAAAGGAUCAAAAUGCCUGAGCAAUAUUUGUACCGACAAGAUAACUCUCAGUGAAGAAGAAAAUUGCGUGAAUGAGAGAGAGACUGAGCGACACACUCCUUCCAGCCUCUCUUCUCCACCAGGUGACCACUUAUUAUUGCACUAGCUCAUUAAAGGCUACAAAUGAACAACUGGGUCAUGUUUUAAAACCAGGGUGGAUCUGAACUCAGUCACUUCCUCAAAAAGGAGCUGUAGUGUAUACUUCACUCAGCAUCUGCUGUCAGCAUAAAGCCAGGUUUGAAGCCAAACAUCAAAGCCAGAGGAGCCUCUGAGCUGGAGCACUUGUUAUUCUGAAGAUGUCUGGCAGCUUAUCCACUCACUAGCUUUAUCAAAUCACCUUGGAAGAAAUCACCCUCAAAAAUGUAGUUGUCUGAGCAAAUGUCUUGUGUGUUUGUGUUUUAACCCCUGUGUGUGGAUUCCUUUUACAGUGUAUGGAUGCUCCGUGUGAUUCUGUGCACAUACAAUGAGUGUGCAUACAGAGGUUAGACAGAGAUGCUGCGCCUAACCUCUGCUGUGUCCUUCAGACAGGACACAAUGUUGUGUCUUUGAUAUGUCUGAGUCUGUGAAUAGGUGAUACUUGGGGGAACAUCCGCCUUGUGUACCAGUUUUCUUACAGACUUUGGAGAGUCAGAAAUUUAAAAACAUCAGGGAGGAGGAUCACUAGGCAACCUCAUGGGGUACCAACAGAAUAUUUUGUUUAGAUGUAAUUAUAUAAUGUUCUGAUCUGCACUGGGCUUAUCAAUCAGGGAGAACUGUUAGAAGAAAUAAGCCAUGACCUGAUACAAGUUGAGGCCUCUACAUGGGAUCUGUCAGGUUAUUUCAGUGCUCUGAAAUAACCUCUGUUCUGCUGUUGGGUGCUGUCCGCUCGGGUGAGCCAGUGAGGGAAAAAAUGUCACCACAAUGUUCAGUCAAAGUGAAUGUGCAUGGAUACCACCAACAAACGCAGACGGCAAUAAGUCCCUAUGUCAGGAAGAGCACAGUUGGGUGAUGUGGAAGGCAAACUGUAAAAAUGCUCAUUAUGGUAGCUACAAAUCAAGUUCAAUGCAGUGGGGAGGGAGUCUCAUUUUUACAGUAACAUAAUGUGAAGAUGGGUUACAGAAUGUGAAACAGAGGCUAUGCGAAUGUGCUGUAUUGAGGGUGAAAGUAAGUCUGAAAUUGCGUGUUGAAUUGUAAAGAGGUCAGAGCAUGGAGGCAGUUAUUUAGAAAGAGUGAAGGAUUAGCAGGUGUAUUCUUGAGGAAUGUUGAUAAGGAAUUUCUACAGUAAAGUGAGCAAGAUUCUUGGCAGGGUUUUAUGCGGCGUGUGGAUAUGAUAAUGAAUGUAAGACAAAGAGGCAUGUAAGGCACUGUGCGCUAUUUAUGACAGGAGGUCUAUGGAGGAAAUUAGUUGGAGGGCUUUGCAUUUUUUUUCCAUUAAGUCUUUUAAUUUUCUGGGCUUUUCCAGGGGGAAUAUCAUUCAGUUCAAAUUCGUAUAUUUUGUCCUUGCAGCGGAUUUUGCAUUGUAGACUUAUAAAUCUCUAUUUUUGACGAGCCAAUGCGCCCUCUCCCCGGUGAAUCUGGUACAUCCUAAUAUGGUUUCUAACUGUGCAUUACUAACUACUGUAUAAUAUUAACACAUGAGCACAGCAGGUAGUAUAAAAUGUCAUAGGCUUAUUUUAGCUGUCAGUGCUCAUACAGCUUUAAGUAUUUGUGUAUUCCAUCUGGAGCUUCUUCAUGCCAGUUUACAUUUCAGAGUUGAUCAAAGGUCCCCUCUAUAUAAGGAAAGCAGUGACUGAGUGACAGCAAGGAAAUCUUGCAUGCCAAAAUAAGGCAUAUUGGCAUUUUUUUUCUUUUAGCAAAUGUUUUAGCAAACAUUAAUUUCAUCUUUAUUUAAUGAACUGAUUAUUUUCUCCAUCAACUGUUUGUCUAUAAAAUGUCAGAAAGUUAAAAAAACAAAAAAAAAAAAAAAAACAAGAGUGCUACGGCUUCCUGCAGCCAAAAAGAAGGUCUUCAGAUGUCUUAAUUUGUCCAACCAACAGCCCAGAGGUAUUCUGUUUACACUGAUAUAAAACAAAGUAUUACAUCACCACAGAGCUUGAAAAAUACAAAAAAAAAAAACAAUUAAUCGAUUAUCAGAAUUCCUGCAAAUUCAGUUUCUAACCAUCCAUUAAUCGACUAACAGCUCUGCUUUACAUGUCACUUUGUCACUUUAUCAUAUUAAAUAUGAGUGAUCCAAAUUCCUCCAUAGAUUUCUUGAUCCCUAAAAAGAGCAACCAGUUCUUACUAUCCUAAUGCUAAAGAAUGCCACAGUAAGUUGUUGGACAGUGAUACUGCAAGUAGACAGAAACGAACAGAGAAUGUUAAGUAGUCUGAUGUUGAAUGUGAAGUAAAGGAGCAGACAUAGAAUGUAAGACAGGCAGAUCUACACAGAAAAGUAUGUUAUGAUGAAUAUGAGUUAAAGGGUGCAGAGUAGUUAGAGACAAGUAAGUGCAAUGUAGGUAACAGAAUGUAGCUGUUGAGUGAAACUAGUUAUGCUCUUGAAUGUAAAUGUUAUGGAAGAAAAUGGCAGCUGAAGGUUGAUGGAAAAUGCUAGUCAUAAAGUAGAAGAAAUAUUACGAUGGUCUUUGUUAUUGUUGUUUGAAGAGUUCAGAAAUUGAGAAUACAUUUAUGGCACAUUAGGUCUUAACGGCUUCUGGACAAAGAGGUGGUAAUAGGAAAUAUGAAAAUACAGAUUUACUUUGUGUGUGCCCACACAUUAGAGAUUUAAAGUCAUAAUCCCUUUCCUACACACAUCUCCUUACCCACAUCCUACAGCAUCUACAGCCUAUUAACUUUCUUUUAAGCACUAUGUUGCCUGUGUAGGUGUGUACUUGCAGUGUGUUUGUAUGGUCUGUGUGUCUGUGUGUGUAUCUAUGAUUAAGAGUAAGGUAAGACAAGACAGAGAGGCGAGGAGAAAAGGAAAGGGCAUGAGAUUGAAACAGUGAUCGAUCGACUCAAUAAAACAUAAAGGAGAGAACAGCCACCCUGCAAUGGGUGCAAAAAUGUCCCCAAGGUCAGCCAGAGACAGGGAAAUCCAUUUGUUCGUAAUGAACUCAGAGGGCUGUUGUUUGAUUUCUAUCUGUAAACUCGACAAAGAAGCCAGCUCGACGACAACCGGCGGAAGAGUUUUUCUCAUUUCCUCGGGGCCUCUCUACACUGGGCCUGACAAAUAGCUUCCUCUGGUUUGAAACAAUGUGAACUUUAGCAGCCACACUUUAAGAUACAUAUCUGUUAAAGGUAGUACAGGUGCAUAACAUAAACCACUUCCCCAAACUCAAGACCUCUAAAAGCGUAAAUCAUUGGAAAACUGGAAGCACAUUGCACCUUACAAGCACUGAGCAUUGUUUAAAACAUUUAAAAGUUACCUCACUGUCUUGGGAGGUUCUUUAAAGGUUAUGACAAACAACCAGGGAAUCCCCUUAAUUCACCCGAGUUACUGGAACUAACAGGCAAUAACAAAUAUUAAACUGCAGCUAAGUCAUCACCAGUGUUUGAGAAUCACAGUGGAGAUUUAAAGCUUUUAUUGCACUGACUGUAAAACAACAAACAAACAUCCAGGGAACAUUUUUGGAACAAAUGUUGGUAACAUUUGAUUUGAAGCGUAUUACGAAGAACAAACUACACAUUUUAAUCACACAGAGUGCAGUGUGACAAUACCAUACAACAGCAUACAAUAAUGUUUAUCUGUGACGUGAGGCCUUUCUGAGCUAUGCAUCUUUUGAGUUUGAGAUUUUACAAAGUCUGCAAGUAUGAUUAUUAUUGUCUUUUUCUUUAUUUAAGGUGGGGAAAUGUAGAAACACAGUUCAAGCCAAUGUUACAUUGUGAUAUACUGCAAUCAGUACCAGUAUACUGUCACAAAUAUUGCAGUAACUUGCUCUGGCCCUCUUUAAAAUAUGCAUAUAGAAAUAUGUACAAUUCAGUUUGACAAGUUAAAGGGAAAAUCUGUGUAUAACUAGCUCCCUCUAAUGGAAGCAGUUGGUUGCUAAAAGAUAUCACUCUUAAUGAGAGGUAUUUAAAAAAAAACAUUAUUUGAGAUUUAUCCAGUACAUGAGAUUACAAACUAUGAAUCUAAUUUUGUUGAACUGUUUUUGACAAUUGUACUAUGUGAAACCCAUCAAAAAUAAACUACAAAUCAGGCCUUAAAUUACACUACAAAAUGCAUGUGAACAAUGCUCACUGUUCCUCAGUAUUAAAUACUGAGAGGGUGACACCUCAACAAGGUUGAGGCUCGGCUGCAGCACUGUGUUUGCAUAUUUCUAAUUAAAUAACCAUUAAUUUUAAAGGGCACAACAUAGGAGCUAUUUAUUUUGUACUUGUAGAGUGUUUUUGCCCCCGCAGCCUGGUAUUUCUCAUGUUUAAGUGAGUGGCUUCUUUGAGAAAUGCAACAAAUGUCAAGGAUGUAAAGUGUUCCCCUUGAUCACUAUACAGUACAACAUGGCAGAGUAGAGUCCUUCCAAAUAACAAGACCUGUCUAAAUGUAUGGGACGCUGCCAAUUUACAUGUAUGUUUUGUCAAUAAUACAAACUGUAUAUCUGAUAUACUAUGUCAGGUCUAUUUUUUUGUUUGUUUUCUCAGAAAUGUACUUAAAUAACUUAAAUGUUGUUGAUGUUUUUUAGUGUCUUUCAGUUGUUCUAUCUUGUCAUGUUUCCUCCUCAGGAGGAGACAAAAUAGUUUUUUUCUCCCUAAAUGUUCCUUCCUCCUUUGGUGUGUGUUUGUCUUUAGUUGGCAACGCUGUAUCCACACUGAUUAUGUCUCCUGAGUGAACUUCACCCAGACUGAAUCCCACUGUGCGACUGAGUUGUGUGUUUGUGAAAGAUGCAAUGUAUUCAAGUGGAAACAGCUCCUAAAGCCAACAUGUGUCCUGUCAUACCCAGCAAUGACCUUGGUGGUCUCAAGAGUUAUGGUCACGCAAGUCUUCCAAGUUCCCACAACCUCUCUCUCCUACUGUUAAGGACUUGGGUUCUUCUUGUCUUCCGAAAAACUAACACUUAAAAAAAAUCAAAUAAAAGACAACAAAAAAAAGCCAUAAAUAAAAAUGGGCCUUGGCACUGAUAAGCCACAGAGAGAAGGCCUGAAUCCUCAGGCACCUCCAGAGUGUUACCAGGGAUUUAGAUACAUGUUGGACUCCUUACAAUAAGAGCCAAAAGCAACAGGAAUAUAAUGGCUUUUUUUGACCACUUUGGGAAGCAGCAAAGCAGGAAAGAAGACCAGCAAUAUGCAACAAGAACUAACUGCCUGCACUCAAGGAGGGGAAACAAAUUCAACAGGCUAACAAACUAUACAAUCAGGAUAUGCAGGCUACAAAGGCAAUCAGUGGUCUGCAAUAAUAACUGCUAAUUGUCUGGACUGGCAUGGGAAUUUUUUUGCAAAGCAUGCAUACGUCACUGUUCUUUGGCUCAUUAGGGAUGACCCCCCUCUCAGUAUCAAGCCCUCAAUUCACCCUCGCUCCAUGUUUGCCAUCAGACCUGUGUACAUUUCUACAAUAACUCCUACAUGAAUUGAAAGGAGAUGUCUUAUUCUGGAAUAUUAUUCAAUAAAAUAACAUAUAUUUGUAUGAUUGUAAGC